UCAUGCAAACUCCCCAGCUAAACACAGGCGUUCUCACAUAUUUAACAUUCAAAUGCAGGAGCCCAGCUAAAGCCAUGGGACAGCGCAGGCAGAAAAAAGCUCCGCACAAAAGCUACAGGUUCUUUAAAGAGGAGCCAGAUUGCUAGCGUUUUGGGCUGAAAUCUGGAGGUUAUUUUGGAAUGUGAAAACUACUUGCUGCUUGGAUCCAUGACAACCAUGUAGAUGCCAUUCACAAUCCACACCAACAUGGAUCAAGAGGUUUAAACCAAACCUUUCAAGCAGUCGAUGGAGUACAAUCUCAAAGAUUAAAGAAAAUCCAGAUGGGGUGCAGGUGCUGCAAAAUGAUACAAAGCUAUAUUUUUGAUCCAGAAGAAGUACAAUCACCUGGAUGUAUUCCUGAAGUCAACAGCUACAAACACAAUGAGCAAAGCAGCAAAAAAUCCAAAUUCAAAGAGAACAGUGACAUCCAAGAGCAUAUAAAUGAACUCCAGAAGGAUGAGCUAAACAGAACAGAAAAUAAAAAUCAGGUCCAUAGCACAAAAGAACCUCUCUGGAACCACGGAGGCAGUGAUUUUCAGGAGGAUGGUGCUGUGAAGUGUGUCGCAAAGCGUGACGUUGCGGUCAAUGGUGGCAGCUCCUGUGCUGGAGCACACCCCGUGCUCAGCCCCAGCACAAACCCAGUGAAAGAAACCAGUGACCAGGGAACCUCCAGCCAGUCAGCAGAGGCUUCUUUAACCAUCAACAGAGACUUCUACACCAGAUCAGAUAGGCCUGGCCAAGAACUUGAUCCAGAGGCAGACAGAUGGAGGAAAGCAGCCUGCAAUGAGCCAAACGGCAUUCAAGGUGGGAACUCCUGGUCUGCAGAAGACAGCACCUUUCUCAAAGGAAGCACAAUAGUGGAGACACAAAACAAUACCAUACAACUGCCAGACAUUGAUUAUCCCCAAAAUGACAAUCAAACUAGGAACUAUGUUGAAAAAGACAGCUUUUCAGACAAUUGUGCACAUUCAGACCAAAACACCAGGCCUUCACCAAUACAGGACCAGGACCUUUGUGUGACUCUGCCUUCACCUGUGAAGGAAAGCAGUUUUGGACCUUUUAAAGCUGACUCCACGAGUUUGGGUGAGGGCAUUCCUGGUGGUAUCACUGCUGUGGCUGUUCCCCAAGUAGCACAGGCACUCGCACACCCCAGCCACAGUGGAGAAAUUGAGGAGGAAGAUGCAGAAGUAGCGGCAGCUCUGGCUGCACUGGAAGCUGCCACUGCUGGGGAAGACCUGGAAGAUGAUGAUGAGUACUAGAAUGAAGGACUCUUUCUAAUACACUGGGGAGGAUCCAGGUUUUAUUUCUGGAUCUGUACGAACACAUGUACAGCACAUGUGGAGAGCUGUUAUGAACAGCAUAUAUAAAAGGAGCUGGGACUAAAGCUCUGUCCCUUCAGCUGUUUUAUACAGCCUUUUAAUGUCUGUUGACAGAGGUACAGAUGUGCUCCCUUGGCUAAUUAAUGGUAAUACUAACACUCUUCUCUCUGGGGCCAACCAGGAGAGCAGAGCAUCGUUUCUUCCACAUAGGAUAUUCUGCUGUACAGCCACCUCACCCAGACUCAUGCACACGUUUCCUUUGGUUUUGACCCUCAAGAGAGUCUGAGCACACUGAAAGUUCCAGGUUCAAAGAACUUCCAUUAUUUAAAAGAGAACUGUAGAAGCCAUGGAGUUAGAAACCACAGAUUUUCAUAAGGUUAGAAUGAAAAAAAUAUAACUGACUCAAAGUUCUAUGAUCUAAUGCAGGGUGAAAUAGGGAAGGCAGCUCAGCUUGUGCUUCACUGUGGUUAUGGUUCCAUUCCAGGUUAAGCCUAAAUCUGUGCAUGUGCAGCUGGCACUAGGAUAAUAACCUUAUCACAGAAUCCCAGGACUAUAUGGGGUUGGAAGGGAGCUCUGGAGAUCAUCUCCUCCAAUCCCUGCCACAGCAGGGUCACCCACAGCAGGUCCCACAGGAACGUGUCCAGGAGG